AUGGCAGCGAAACUAGCGCUGCAAGAGGCGCGGGCUACCACUAUCUCGAAUCUAACUGCCAAUGCAAAAAACUUUCACGCUAUGGACCUCUCAACCGCUGUCGACACAAGGGAGUUGCUUCGAUCAGCAUGGUCAAAGUUUGAUACCGAACACGACCGCAUCGUAUCGUCAUCUCGCGAAACAGCAAUGGAACAGUCGUAUUUUAAGGAAAACCGGUACGAUGCGACCUUGCGGGCAUAUCUAGGCGGAGUAACGCUGUUAAACUUGCGGAUAGAAGAACUCUCCCAGCAAGUACCGCCUGUCAAAUCUCAAAGAGCAUCUCGUUUCAGGACGGUUUAUGGCUUCUCAGAUGCCUCUCAACUUGCUAUAAAAGCAGUUGUAUAUAUCAGGGUGUUGUAUGCUGACUUAACUUCAGUAGUCAGUCUAGUCUGUUCUAAGACGAAAGUAGCUCCUCUCAAGAGGUUAACCAUUCCUAGACUUGAACUCUCAGCAGCGGCUCUGCUAGCCAAGCUGACCGCAAAAGUAAUUAGACUUCUCGACCUUUCAGACGUUCCUACUUUCCUGUGGUCUAACUCUUCGGUGACCCUUGCAUGGGUCAAAAACAAUCCUAUGAGAUGGAAGGAAUUCGUAGGCAAUAGGGUAGCCGAUAUUCACGAGUCUGUACCCCAUGCUUCUUCGAGAUUCCUCUGCGGAAAGCUCAAUCCAGCUGACUGUGCAUCUCGCGGUCUCAGUGCAUCUCAACUCAUUGAUCACCCACUAUGGUGGAGUGGUCCACCAUGGCUUUCUCAGUCGCCAGUAUAUUUGCCCUUGUCAGUGCCACCCUCACCGGAGGAGGAUAUGGAGGAACGUCCUGGCAUCUCACUUGCACUCUCACAAGCCCAUCCUCCAGUUUGGGACCUCGUUGACCUUCCGCAAUCAUCCUCCUUUAAUCGGCAUCUCACUAAACUACUUCGGAUCACGGCAAUCCUUCAGAAAGCGGUCUCGCGCUUUAAGAGGGUUCCUGGCUCGAGCUUGUCCGCCUCGCCAUUGAAUUCAGCAGACCUGGAGAAGGCAAAAUCGUUCUGGAUACGCGCGACUCAAGAGGCGUAUUUCUCACCAGAAUUAAGAACGUUGUCAGCAGGUCAAUCUCUUCACAAACGUCACGUUCUGACGCGACUCACGGCCUUUGUCGAUCGUGCAGGAAUUCUCAGGGUUGGUGGACAGCUGCAAAAUUCUCAGCUAAUUGAUGAUAGUAAACAUCCAGUCAUACUACCUCGUCAGUCAAAAWUCACCAACCUAGUCAUCUCCGAUGCUCAUGCCAGAACCAUGCAUDGAGGAACUCAGCUAACGCUCUCCUACAUUCGAAAAACUUUCUGGAUUAUUGGAGGUCGUGCUCCAGUGAAGUCCUUCCUCAAAGAUUGUCUCACUUGUGCUCGAAUUCGUGGAGUGAGAGCACAACAACUCAUGGCUCCACUCCMGGCAUCUCGAGURACACCAUCUCUYGUGUUCRAGACUACAGGGCUGGAUUACGCCGGGCCAGUCCCCAUGAAGAAUUUUCAGGGCAGAGGUGCAAAGUCCUUUAAGGGUUGGAUAGCAGUGUUCAUAUGCUUCUUCACCUCUGCCGUUCAUCUUGAAGUAGUCUCUGACUACUCCACCGAAGGAUUUCUUAAGGCAUUUCGACGGUUUACCAGCUGUAGGGGCAUUCCAAAAACGCUCAGAAGCGACUGUGGUACUAACUUCCAGGGAGCAGACAAGCAGCUUAAGGAGCUUCUCUCAGCUGCAACGAAGGAAUCCCUCAAGAUCCAGAGACUUCUCGCUAAUGACGGCACUAAGUGGAUGUUCAAUCCUUUAGCAGCACCACAUAUCGGUAAAAAAUGGGAGGCGGCGGUGAAAUCAAUCAAGUAUCAUCUCAAACGAACCACCUCGGAUACGUUGCUAACGUUCGAAGAUUUCUCCACGUUCUUAGCUAAAGUUGAGGCGGUUCUCAACUCUAGACCUCUCAGCUUUCUCUCGGAAGACCCUGAUGACAUCAGAGCAUUAACACCAGGGCAUUUCAUCAGAGGGGAAGCAUUUACAACUAUCCCCGAGCCUUCACUAAUAGAAAUCUCAGAUUCCAGGUUAUCUCAUUUCCAGCGGAUUCAAGAGCGCUUCCAGCAAUUUUGGAAAAGGUGGUCGACGGAAUGCCUGCAAGCGCAUCAGACCACAUCCAAAUAG